GGCUCAUGUCUCUCUGCGCGUCUUUGCUCCCCACUCGCAGAUCCGGAGGCUUCUGGAGACCGUGGGUUGACGCACGAGGAAAGCAGGAGGAGGAGGCCCCGCACCACGCCGAGGAGGUGAUGCCCGGGAUGACCGAAGCCGCUGGAAAGCUUUCGCGAUACAGGCACCCAGUCAGACUAUUUUGGCCAAAAUCAAAGUGUUAUGAUUACUUAUAUCAAGAAGCAGAAGCUCUUCUGAAAACUUUUCCAAUUCAAGCCACAAUUUCAUUUUAUGAAGAUUCUGAUAGUGAAGAUGAAAUUGAGGAACUGGUCUGUGAAAAUUAA